AUGCGUAAGCGGUUCAAGGAAUCGAAUGUCACAGUCGAAACGCUCUCGGGCCAGCUGAUCACCGUAAGAGCAGUUCUCAGCCAAAUCAACCUCCAGAUUGCCGAAUCUCUCUCGCAAGAUGGACAAUACUAUCAGCUGACUCUGGACCUCGACGCAGCGAUCGGCUGCUGCAACCUCCUUCUCCGGCUCCUUGACGAGCAAAUUGCCAGGCUUCAGUAUGGUGACAUGAAUGAAGUCACGUUUUAUCAGCAAAGUUACCCUGAUGCUCGAGAGCAGAGGGACGGGAGACUGCCUUACUCGGCUGGAUCGGCAGACUAA